CAUUUGAUUAUUUUACUGGUACACAAAAUUUCGAGACACAAGGAGUACUCGCUGCAACAGCAACGACAACAGGUGCCCACGUCCGAGUGCAAUGUUUCAGUGCGUGGCGGCGGCGGUGAAUGCAACUUGGCAGAGAGUAGAGAAACUUUGGGUUCGAAUAAUGCAAUGGCGAUGAGCAAUAAGUGUGGCACUUUAAAAAGCACGGCUACCGUCCAUAGCUCAGCAGAACCAAAAAAUAAUUUAAAUACCAAAUUAGAGAAGCUGGAAUAUCCACGCGGUGAUAUCGUGUAUGUGCGUUCCCUGGGACAGGGCGCAUUCGGUAGAGUGUUUCAGGCUAAAGCACCUGGUCUUGUACCUGGCAAUGAUGACUACCUGGUCGCCGUGAAGAUGUUAAAGGACGACGCCAGUGAUCAAAUGCAAAUGGAUUUCGAGCGGGAGGCUUGCCUACUAGCCGAAUUUGAUCAUCCCAAUAUUGUUAAACUACUCGGCGUAUGUGCACUAGGUCGUCCCAUGUGUUUGCUCUUCGAAUUCAUGUCACCUGGCGAUUUGAGUGAAUUUUUGCGCGCUUGUUCUCCUUACGCCACACAUCAAAUACAACAACGAAAUCGUCAGGAAUUGAAUGAGGGCCAUCUGCUGCAGAUUGCAGCUCAAAUUGCCGCCGGUAUGGUCUAUUUGUCAGAACGUAAAUUUGUACAUCGAGAUUUGGCUACACGCAAUUGUCUAAUCAACGAACAGAUGGAAGUAAAAAUCGCUGAUUUUGGUUUAUCACAUAAAAUAUAUCUGCAGGACUACUAUAAGGGUGAUGAGAACGAUGUUAUACCGAUACGUUGGAUGCCGCUCGAAAGUAUUUUGUAUAAUAAGUUUUCCAUUGAAUCGGAUGUUUGGGCGUAUGGCAUUUGUUUAUGGGAGAUUUUCUCUUUUGCUCUUCAACCUUACUUUGGGCUGACACACGAAGAGGUGAUUAAGUUUAUCAAGGAAGGCAAUGUACUUAGCUGUCCGGAUAAUACGCCAUUAUCGGUUUAUGCUUUAAUGCGGCGCUGCUGGAAUCGUAAACCUAACGAACGUCCUAGUUUUGCAGAAAUUAAUCAUUGCAUACAACACAGCCUAGUGGAAUAUGAAUGCAAGACAAUGAUGUAGUGUGGCAAGGGG